GUGUCAAUGACAUUGGCUCGCGAAACGUCAAAUACCUACGUCAAAAUAAAUCCCGUUCUCGAUUUUGUUUUGUAAAAUAUUUGCAAAUUAGUAAAGUUUGUUUGUUGUUUUGGUUUGGAGCCGAGACUUGGAUUGCAUUUAUUGCAGGUGUUCGGUAAAGUGUAGUAUAAUGAGUUCGAUAACAGCUUCUUCCUGGGAAGAGCUGCGGAAGCAGGCACGGAUACUUGAGAAUGACAUAGACGUGAAGUUGGUAGCAUUCAGUAAGCUUGGGGCGGGUAGUGCAGCGUCCGGCCUGAGCUCUGAGAGUGUGCCGCUGCUCAACAGUGAAGACAUGUUUGAUACCAUGUCUAUGGAGCUACAGCAACUUUUAAAUAAGUUAUCUUCAAUCAAUGACAAGAUGGCCGACCUGGCACCCAACGGAGCAGCCACCAUGCACACUAUCAAAAGACACAGAGAAAUUCUUAUGGACUACCAACAAGAGUUCUCCAAGACGUCGGAGCGGGUGAGCGCGCGUCGCGAGCGCGAGGAGCUGCUGCGGGGGAGCGGGGCGCCGCCCGCCGCCGGCCUCUCCCGCCGCGACCAGUACGCCAAGGAGGCCAGCCAUCUACACAGUUCGCACAUGCUGGUGGACGAGCAGAUCAACAUCGCGAUGGACGCCCGCGAGCAUCUCAACUCGCAGCGACAGACGUUCAAACGCAUGCAGACCACCUUCAACGACAUCACUAACAGGUUCCCAAUGCUGAACAGUCUAAUCUACAGAAUAAACGCGCGCAAACGUCGCGACUCCCUCAUUCUGGGCCUGGUCGUAGCUGUCUGCACAUUCCUUAUGCUGCUGUAUGCAUUCCAUUGAACGACUUGAGUGAAUGUAUGUUUUUAUAACUAGUAAUUAGGCGGCGUUUGAUUAUAUAGUUUGUUUUUUAUUCUCAGAUGCUAAAUUGUCAGAUUCUGUCAACAGUCGAUUGUCCCUCGAUUAAGUGACGUAUCGUUUUAUUGGCGUGACAAUCGACUGUUGAUGAACCGUUCAAAAUCAGAUAAUUUAGUAUCUGCGAUUCAAAUGAUAUCUGAGAUGAUGGUUACAACUGGAGAAACUUUCGGUUUAACUAUAGUGUAUGUUGAGUUAUUUUCUGCUUAUCUUAUUUGACAGUAAUUGCAUUUAACUCGAUAUUUGAAACCACAAUACCGCUUUUCAAACGCCGAAAAUAUAAUUAGAUUUUAAUUUAUUUGCAAGUAAGACAUAUUGGUAUACUGAGGACACCAAAUUUACAUUUAAUACUGUAAAACCGUUAAGUUUUUGGUUUAAAAAUGGACUUAAAGAUUGGCUGUGCAAAUCAAAUUUUAUAGUGGGUUGUAUGUAUUUUACUUUUGACAGUGCCCAAUUUUGAUUUGGUGUCCUUAAAUUUCGAUUACAGUAUAUGUAUUUGGUAAUUAUCACAAUCAUUAUAAUAGUUAACACAACACCUUUAAGUUUAAAAUAUUUGUAGACGUGAUAUCAAAUAGGUAUUAAUUAGGUGAAUUGGUUAUUAAUUUACACUAUGUAAAACUCAUAAUGUAUGCUCCAUUGAUAAUAAUAUCAUAUUCACAAAAGUAUACAAAGGAGGUGUACAUUGAUUGCAAUACUCGAGGGGGUAAUUAAAUAAACAGAAUAAUUUAUGCACGAACUGAACAUACUUUGACUAGAUUUAAUUACAUUAAAAUUAAGUAACAACUUUUAAGUAAAUUUUGAAACCGUGGAUUUAAAAGUGUCUAUCAUGUUUGCAAAUACAAUUUUAACUUGAUUUUAACUCGUGGUCUUGUAAAAAUGUAAAUAUUGGUUAAUGGAUAUGUUACUAAAAGUAAUUUAAUAUUUAAUAGUAUAAUGUGAAAUAAAACAUGUAAAACUGUAA